AUGCGUCCACUCUCUCCCUUUGUGACGUCCCUCGUCAUCCUCCAUUGGACAAGCGCUGGACCUGCACCCGCGAAUGGUGAUCCGAUCGAUUUUGGCGCUCAAAACUUGUCCUAUAGUCCUUCACCCCUCAAUUUGUCCGUGUUUAUCGAGUCGACAGGGUCGCAGCUGCAUGCGCCAGUUGUGGGGAACACGUACGGCGAACUUCAGGGUCAAGAGGCGAGGAAUGGGGAUCCCUUUCUAUCCACUGCGAAGCUGAUUGUCAGUGUGGAGAGAGCGUUUGCGAAUCCACCAAAACAGCUCGCCGCAGUUGUCGAGAAGAUCGACGAGGAGGCUGAGAUGAUUGCCGCCCGGGCGAUGGCGGCUAAGAUUGCCGCUGGUUAUGAGGGGAGGGUGAGUGCCGCUCAUCAGAAGGAGGAGGUGAUUGGCAAUCAGCUGCAGAGGGAGAUGCAUGACGAUCAUCAGCGGUUGCAGUUGUGGAAGAGGAAGCUCGUAGAGCCUGGAUACUCCUAUCGCAAUGAUGUCGAGGUGCAGCGUUUCUUGCAACGGGGAAAAAAAGAUGAGCUGGCGAAACUUUUUUUUCAGCUUCGAGAGUAUCCUGAGCUUAAAGAGCGUGUGGAGGCGAUGCAAAGAGAGCUACUCGGAGAACACCCGGAGGCUCUGCCAGAGGUGUUAGAUGUGUGGCUGCAGUUAAAGUUGAUUCCCGAAGACGCUUUCGUCAUGAUGCCCGUCUCGACCAUUUUGUCAGAACAUGACUUUCAGGAUGACGUUUCGAAUCUCGUCAUCGCGUCUCACGUCAAUGACUGGCUCACGUAUGUUAACAAAUACCGGUCCUUGGGUCACUUCAGCGACUUUCGAGUAGUUAAACUGUUGAUGGAGGGUCGAGAAAUGCCUUGGAUGGUGACGAUGCUCGAUCUGCUUGACAGGAACUUUGGAAAGGACGAACUGAAAUUUCAAGCGCUGAUAUGUGAGGACUUGCGGAAAGGGGUGAAUCCUGCGCACCUUCACAGCCUCAACGAGUUCUCAGCGAUACUAAACGCUAAGGACGGACGUAUCGAGAAGUCAGGUUGGCUUGCCAUUGCGUCUAAACUCGAGAGCUGGAUCGAUUAUGUUGAUGAGUACAACAUGCAUGCAAAUGGGCCAUUCACUGACAAUGACGUGAUCACUGCAUUGCAGACCAAGAUACGUCCACCUGAUGUGACGAACAUGUUUCUUUGGCUUCGACGCGUCCCUGGUAUGGAGAACCGGGCAAAAGCGGUGCUAAAAAUCAAGGCAACGCGACGGCAGUCGAAGUACGAUGAGUGGAUAGAAAUGGAAAAGGAUCCUAAAGACAUUUUCAGCUGGACGCCUAUCGGGCGCGCGGCGGAUCUGGGCCCAGGUACAGAUGAAGCACGUUGGGUCGUCAUAUUGUCGAAGUUCGAGGACUGGAUCGACUACGUUACGAAGUACCGGGCCACUGUCGGUGAAUUUAGCGACUUGCAAAUAGUUGAGACGUUGGUGAGCAAAAGAAACUCUGACGAGGCGAAAAAAAUUAUCGAUCAUCUUCAGAGCGUCCCUGAUAUGAAGGAGCUCGCAGACCGUCUGGCAUUGCAGCUGUACUUCUAUUCUUUGCUUGAAUCAAAAUCGACUCCUGCAGCGGUCUUUGACAAGAUUGAUAUCGCAAUGUUUCAACCCCUUUCGGGUGCCCCUGUGGAGAAGUCAGACUGGUCUGCCGUCUUGUUUGAGCUUGAGGUCUGGCUCGACUAUGUUGACGUGUACCGGCGUUGGUUCGGGGCAUUCAGUGUCGAUGAAGAACUUCAAGUGUUGAAGAGCAACAGACAAACUGUAGAGGUAUUGGUGCUGUUUAAUAAGCUCCGGGGCGUCCCUCGCAUGAAAAAACGCGCGGAACAUCUACAAAGGCGACUACUUGAGCAGUCGACGGAUUCGUUCGCGCUCAGAGCGGCGUUUUCGGUGUGGAUAAAGUUUAAUGUGAGUCCUGAAGAUGUUUUCCUCAUGUUGCCCUUUCCAUUGACAACAUCUGGAGUGGAAGCUGCUGGAAAGACGGCAAAGUCGGCAAUCGUCGAUUACCUUAUUGGAUGUUGGAUGGCGUAUGUUCGAAACUACCGAUCUCCGGGUCACGAGUUUAACCACGAUCAAGUCGUCGAAGUGCUGAAGAAGAACGGACACGAGGAAGCGGCAGAGGAAUAUCUCCAUUCGGUUAAAGACGUCCCUGCGUCGUAG